CCUGAACGUGAAGUAUAUAAGGUUGUCAGUGGUGUGUGUGGUCAUAUCAACGUGAGGCAGUCAGACAGAGAACCUUUGGGAUAAUAGCUGGUGAUAAUUCAGAGUGUGAACGGACAAUUGUGAUACAACUCUUUGUUAUUCACUUACACUGUUUCUACAGAACGGGACACAUUUCAAGGAACAUUCAUCGUGUUCAGGUGAUAUUUGGUGAUAUCGCUAUGGGUUUGUUACUAUCGCGGCUUAUGCAGAUCUACAGUGAGUUUUCAUCGGAACCAGCUCGGAUCCUGAUGCUGGGACUGGAUCCAGCAGGUAAAACGACCAUCCUAUACAAGCUGAAGCUGAACGAGAGCGUGUGCACCAUCCCCACCAUCGGCUUCAACGUGGAGACGGUCAGUCCGGUGAAGGGCGUGACGUUCACGGUGUGGGACGUUGGGGGCCAGGAGAAGAUCAGACAGCUGUGGAAACACUACUACCUGAACACACAAGGUCUGAUCUACGUGGUGGACAGCGCAGACCGUCUGCGCAUAAAGGAAGCCAGGUCGGAGCUGCACGGAAUCUGCAGUACGCCGGAGAUGGCGGGGGUACCGGUGGUGGUGAUCGCCAACAAGCAGGAUUUGCCAGGUGCCCUAAAGCCCUCGGAUGUCGUCGCGGAACUUGACAUGAGGGACCUCAGUGACCGGAAAUGGUACAUACACGGCGCAUGCGCACCAAACGGAGAAGGGUUAUUAGAAUCAGUGCAGGAAAUGUCGCGACUCGUGAAAGACUUUCAGAAAGCUCGUCGAUGAUGACAGGGGACGUUCCACAACACCAAGCAUAAUAAAGAAUCAAAACAGCACAAUGAACAAGUAUGUGGUAUACAGGGCUCUUCUCCCCGUCUGAAGUUCAGCGAGACACCAUAUAAGUCGAGAGGAUAGAGUCCAGUUCUGCUGGUGCGUGUAAGUGCGUCUGCCAUCCCGGAGGUAACUUCAUUUGGAAGACAUACUUGAACUCGUUCUUAAAGGUUCUCACAACGGUGGCAAUGUGAAGUUCAAAUUCCCUUGGAUAUUGAAAUCAACGAAAUGAUUAUGUGAGUGAGUGUUGUGUUACGCUGCAUGAGCGGUUAUGUUGCUAUACUGGCGGUGAACU